GGCACAGCCACACAGGUUAACAAAUUUCGUUGAAAAUACGUUGUAUUCGUUGUACUCCACAAAUGUAAACAUGCCACCAAAAGUGAAGAAAAAAGCAGCGGCAAAGAAAGAAGAACAAAUCAAAUCUUCGCCGUCGCGUGCCAAGGAAGAUUGUCUGACAUUGGAAUUGACAAGCGUUACGGAAAGGCUUUCUUCACUAAUGAAAACAGUUGCAGAAUUGAGGCAAGAAAGGGAAUGGCUCCAGCAAGAGCUUCAAACAACUAAGCAGGACAUGCAAGAUUACCUUGCAUACAUGGAAAAAAAGACCACAAAGAUAGAUAAUGCCAUGGGUUCCUUAAAUGACAACAAUAAAGAGCAAAUUCAGGUGAUCUUGGACGAAAAAUCAACAAUUCAAGAGGACUUUGAAAGAGAAAAGCAUGUCUCAAAAAAUGAGUUGUUGGAGAAAGACGUUAUUCUUUCACGGACAAGGCAGCAAUUGUGUGAGCUACAGCCUCUAAAGGACAUCCAGAGAGAGCAGACCGAGUGCAUACAGCAUUUGGAGAAAGACAUUCUACAGAUGCGAGCUCUCCACUCCAACAGCAUACAGUCUCUGAAAAUCAGAUUUCUUAAGCAGAAGCAGAGCUUUGAGCGACAGGCAGACAAGCAGGUGUUUGGUCUGCAGCAGCUGGCCUGCAAGGAGGCAUCACGGUGUCUGGGUGACCACAUACAGUCGAUCCGAGACGAGAACGGAAGGCGGCGUCACCAGCUACUGCAGCUGAUACGCCGCACGCGUACGUUGCACGAGCACCGCCACCAGCUGGAGGAACAGCGCAGCGAACUUCUUCGUGAAAAGGAGUUGACCGUCGAUUUAAAGCAGAUAAAGGAUGCCAAGCAGGCAUCUGAAGGCCACACAAGACUCGUCCUCCAAGCCAGCGCACAGUGAAUCGCAAAGUACACGUGGCCUUGUGCAGAGAGAAUGGGUUCACCAAUUUCUUUUUGUCUGAAGGAAGGUGAUGUGGGAGUUCUCAUGAUAUCAUCAAGAGUUGGAUAAUAAGUAGUAGUCCUUAUUAUCUUACUCUUGAUGUUAUUCAUGUUAUGCAAAUAUUUUUUCAUAUUGGUUUGAACUGUUCGAAUUCUGCUGAAGUUUUUUUUAAUGAAAUAUGCAGUAAUUUCUCAAAAAUUGCUAAUACGUUAUCGUAAAAUCGUUAUAUGCUAUAUAGGAAAAACCACUAGUGAAUAUGUAGCUGGAAACUAUUAAAUAAAGAUUACAUAAGUAAAUUGUUUCUUAAAAUUAUGUAUAUAUUUAACAUUAAUAUUGUUAAUUCUGCAUUUACAUACAAAAUUACGUCACACGCCUUAUAGCUGUGUAGAUGACUUCAUAUUUGAAACACUAAAGAAGCAAUCUACAGUCAACUAACAGUUACUAUAACAAAUUGCCUUUCUCUAACACGGAAGUCUAGCAGCUCAUGCAAUAUUUCAUAUACAUAUAUGGCUAUUGUUAUACACAAUGCUAUCAUAAUGUUCAACAUUUCUUCAGUCAUCACCUAUUGGGCCGCGAUUAUCCUAUUUAUAAAUGCAUACAUAAAAUAUUACGUGAACACUGCUCUCUAGCAAUAGCAUUCUUACAGUCUCAAAAUUUACAUAAUAAAACAACCCAACGACGUACAACAAAGGUUCUCUAUUGGCACAGUGCCAUCAUUUGUAUCACUGUCUAGUGCAUCUUGAACACUGAUGAACUAUAUACAUGAUCAGCCAUCUUGCAGCUGACAAUGGGGAUAUGUACCUAGUCGAAACUUUAUGCACUAUGGUAAUAUCCUUAUAAUGAAUUGAUUACUUAUGUCUGGCAAGUAUUACUUGUCGAAUAGAAUCGGUCACAGUAGUACACACGAAGUAGAGUGCCAAAAGGACAUCCAUGGAUCUCAUUAUCUCAAUGUCGUGAGAUGCUACCAACAGUUGGCUAAGGAACAACUGUAUUAACGCUCACAUCUUUACUAAAAUUACAGAAUGUUGAACACAGUUGCACACAGCACUCCACACUCAAAUGAUUUCAUGAUCCAAUGACUAAAAACUGACGUGUGCCGUGUUCUAAACAAAACCCAUCACAAUACCUAAAAUGCACUGAAUCUGGAUUAAAAUGCAGAAACACGAUGGAACAUAAUAGUCGUCUACGAGCCAAAAUCUUCCGUUGGCUUUCAGAAUGUUCUACUAUAAAACCUUUACACAUACUGUGACUAAAACGUAACACCGUUCCAAUUACACUCACAAUCUUAAACAUCCGUUUCGAUUACCGUGAUCAACGCAUAUAGAGGUUUGUUGCCAACUGGCUUCUGAUUUGCAUACUGGCCUACUACUGGCAAUUUAAAAAAUAUCUUGCCAUAUUUCUCAACUGGAAAUAAUAUCCAGGUGUGGGUUUUGAGCCGUCAGGUGGCGCUGCCGCUCAGCGACCCACGCCUGCCAAUAAAAACUCAUAACCCGCAGAGCAGCUUUGCUGAGAGAUUGCAUGGGUGACCUGCCCAUCGCACAAUGGUUUACCGAGCAAUCGACGACCACCGAGUGCAGUGACGACGCAUAAUGAGAAUGAGUAGUAAAAUACACGUGUGCGCCGGCAAUGCUCGGCGACGGGCGUGGAACUGCUCGUCAACUACAUUAUACGUUUCUUACACCAUGUCUGGUUAGAUGUCUCGCAGGGCCUACCUAACCUGAUCGCAGUCUUACAGCCUCUGACGAUACCAGUAAAAGACGUGGUGGCAACUUGUAAGUUUUGCUGUUUGCUUUUGCUGCUUUCGAGAAACCUCAAUUACGAUCACUUAUCACAAAUAACUUAUCGGUAAAACGAUGUGGCGUGCGCGUUGCGCGCAACUUGAUUCUUGACGCGACAGAAUUAAUCGCCUACGUUUGUCUCCUCAUCCUCCUCAUCCUCCUCAUCCUCCUCAUCCUCCUCAUCCUCCUCAUCCUCCUCAUCCUCCUCAUCCUCCUCGCAGGAGGUGCAUCGAAUAUAUUAACACGUGAUUACAUCGAUUGUCGUCACUCCUCGUAGUCUCCUGUCCUCUCUCGUCUCUCUCUCUCUCUCUCUCUCUCUCUCUCUCUCUCUCUCUCCUCU